GUGGGACGGUGCAGGCGCAGAGGAUUGGGUUUGGCUGGACUCGAUUUAAAGAGACAGAAGCUGUCGGGGUCCAAGAAGACGGUACCCACGACCCUCCCCCCAAGUCCUUGGGACCACUUGGGUCCCCAAAGCUGGGGAGAUGGUUUGCGGAGGCUUUGCCUGCUCCAAGAAUGCGCUGUGCGCGCUCAACGUAGUCUACAUGCUGGUAGGCUUGUUGCUCAUUGGAGUGGCUGCUUGGGCUAGGGGCCUGGGUCUGGUGUCCAGCAUCCACAUCAUCGGAGGAGUCAUCGUUGUGGGAGUCUUCCUUCUUCUCAUCGCGGUGGCUGGACUGGUGGGUGCUGUCAACCACCACCAAGUACUGCUGUUCUUUUACAUGAUCAUCCUUGGUUUGGUCUUCAUCUUCCAGUUUGGAAUCUCUUGCUCAUGUCUGGCUAUUAACCUAAGCAAACAGACAGAUGUCAUCAAUGCUUCCUGGUGGGUCAUGAGCAACAAGACCCGGGAUGAACUGGAAAGAAGUUUUGAUUGCUGUGGGCUGUUCAACCUCACAACCCUGGACCAACAAGAUUUUGCUUUCUGCACUGCAAUCUGCAAGAGCCGGAGCCCCACGUGCCAGAUGUGUGGAGAAAAGUUUCUUAAGCAUUCCGACGAAGCCCUGAAAAUCCUGGGGGGCGUUGGGCUCUUCUUUAGCUUUACAGAGAUCCUUGGUAUGUGGCUAGCAAUGAGAUUUCGGAAUCAGAAGGAUCCUCGAGCCAACCCCAGUGCCUUUCUAUGAGACUUUGGAUCCUUCUGACUUCUCUCCUGCUGUCUGCUUUCCCUAAGCUUUUUCUUCCUCCCUUAGGGAAAACCUGGGGUCUACAGCCCUUUUUGUUUGAGAAAAAGGAAAGGCCCUUUGCCAUGCUCCCUAAAGAUAACUGAAUAGCUAGGCUUUAUGCCUUGGCAUCUUUUGUUGGGAGUAAGAUUAUAAGGAAUAAAGAAAAACCUUCCUUCCUCUCUCCCUGAGUGAAUAUGGGAAGCUCCUGGCAGUGCAUGAAAUGGGAUGGGGAUUGGAGUCAUUCUUGGCUGUUUCCCCUCUUCUCCCUUCCACAUACUAGACCAUCUCAACACAUCUUUGCUCCAAGAGUAAAUCAGGGACAGAUCCAGAGAGAAAACCAAGCACUCUUGUAAUAAGCAGGACUCGGUUUGGGGAAGUUCAGUGAAUAUAAAAAUAAAAACCAUUUAAACUCCAUAAUCAAAGAAGCAACGUAAGUGCCUUUUCUUCUCUUUAGUUAGUUGAGGGGCUCCACUGACUAUGUAGGCCCUGUGACCUAAGGAGAAUGUGCGGGGAAGUUCCAUCUUCCAAAUGGUUUUUUCAAAUCCCCAAACGGCAAAGCCAACCAGAGAAAGAAACAUUAAAAAAAAAAAAAAAAAAAAAGACCAG